GCCACGCAUGCGCAUCGGCGUGACCGUCAACAAAAACACAGAACAUAAACAAAAAUAUUCUGAAGAUUCAAUUUGCCAUUAAAUUUUAGCCUUCGUCGAUGGCGGGUGUAUCGAAUCAAAAUGAACGAGUGUUGGACUACUCGGUCCACAGUUUUUCAAGUUGUCUGUCGAACUAUGCUCCAGAAAAAAUUCAGGAAAAUAAGCCUUCUGACCAACUCUCGAGGUGGUCAUCUGACACUAAUAGUCCUCCGCAGUUUUUGGUUUUGAAAUUGAACAGGUGUUCCAUCGUCCGAUCUGUCACGUUUGGAAAGUAUGAAAAAACUCACGUCUGCAACUUAAAAAAAUUCAAGGUUUAUGGAGGGAUGAACGAGGCCAACAUGGUAGAGCUACUCGAAGGUGGCUUGCUCAACGAUAGUGUUCCUGAGACGUUUUCCCUAGCUCACGAGAAGGAAGGCUUUGAGAUGCCCUGCAGGUUCAUCAAGAUUGUACCGCUUUUGUCCUGGGGACCAAGCUUUAAUUUCAGCAUCUGGUUUGUUGAGCUUCGGGGCGAGGAUGACCCUAGCCUCGUUAAGAAGAGUGUUCAAUUUUUCCACGAAUUCAAGGAGCGAGAGGCGAUUCGGCUCUGUCUCAAACAUUUCAGACAGCGUGGUCCCAAGUUUGCUGGGGUUUACGACGCACUUAAAGCGAGCAUCGGCAUUGACCUGGAAGACCAAAGACUCACUGUCCUCCACAACACGUUAGUUCUCGAUGCAGACUACACGGCCACUGAGGAGUUCAUGGCCAACGCAGUUCAGGAGGGCCUCUUGGACAACUUUUUACUAGGUCAGGAUUACACCCCCCAGUGGAAACGGAUCAUGAUAGACCCGACUGUGAUCAGUGACGACGCCAACCAGCCAGGAAUGCGCGGUGGACAUCAAAUGUGCAUCGACCCUGUCACUGAAACGAUCUACCUUUUCGGAGGAUGGGACGGAACGCAGGACCUGAGUGACCUGUGGCAAUACCACAUACCGAGUUGCAGUUGGAAAAAACUGUCAGCCAACACUGAAGCAGAGGGCGGUCCAAGUGCGCGAUCGUGCCACAAAAUGUGCUUGGAUAUGGAGGGCAGACAAAUUUUUACCCUGGGAAGAUAUUUAGAUAAUCAAUACAGAAGCUCAGACAACCUGAAGAGCGAUUUUUAUGUCUACCAAAUUGAAGCAGGACGCUGGACUUUGAUCAAUGAAGAUACGUCUGGUGUUGGUGGCCCGCAGUUGAUUUUUGACCACCAGAUUUGUCUAGAUUCGGAGAAGAGAACGAUCUAUGUUUUUGGCGGACGCAUUCUUACUGCAGUUCAAGGGUCCCACGAUGAAACCAGGUUGGGUGCGAGUGCCAGCAUCACGUACAGCACGAAUGCUUCUGGAAACGCGUUGUCGACCGCCGCGGAGAUGGACACUGUGCUCUCAGGCAUGUACUCGUUCCACAUUCCCAGUGGAACGUGGCAAAAGAUUUGUGAUGAUCUGGGUGUUCCUAUUAAGUCUGGUCAGAAGAAUUCACCGAUUAUCAGGGCGCGAGUUGGACACUCAAUGCUCUUCCACCCAGGUCUUCGAGAGCUUUUUGUAUUUGCGGGCCAGAGGAGAAGAGAAUACCUGAAUGACUUUUUCGCUUUUAACGUGGACACCCACCAAGUUCGGGUCAUUUGGAACGGCGAUAGCAACGUUCCGUCAAAGGGCAAGGACACCCACGUCAGCAUACCGGCCACCGGCUACACCCAAAGAGCAACCAUUGACCCCGACCUUGACGAGAUUUACGUGCUCUCGGGUCUGAGCAAGGACAAGGAGAGGAGGGACGAAAACGUGCAAAACUCAUUCUGGGUGUAUAGCCUGAAGAGGAACAGGUGGUCUUGUAUUUACCGGAAUGAAAACACAGGGGACCAGUACUGGAGCAUGAUGCAGAAUUUGGAGCCAUGCCCUCGCUUCGCCCACCAGCUGGUUUAUAGCGUCUCUAACAAGGUGCACUAUCUAUUUGGAGGCAAUCCUGGAAAGCCGAGGCCAAAACUGCGAUUGGACGACUUCUGGCAGUUGAAAUUGUGCAAACCUACGAAGCAGCAGCUGCUCACUAAGUGCAGACUGAUGAUCAGAAAGCACAGAUUUCGAGAGCUUACAGCCACAAACAAAAUGGAAGCGCUUUUGUAUCUGCAGACCGCGCUGCACGACAUUAUCGACCACUCAGACUCGGAGAGUACGCGAGAGUUUCAGAAACUUGCGUCCGAAUUAUUCAGAGACCCAAGUGAAAAGGACGUCGAGAGCGGGCCGGAAGUUGGUCCCUACCACGGAAGAUCAGAGCUGUUCGACGACUUGUCUGCCUUCUUUUCUAACGAACUGACGCAGCCUAGACUUAAUCUCAUAGACCUACUACCUCUGUGAUCACCUUACUCUAGCUGUGAGCUACUUAAAUCUACUGGAAUAUUGUGCUCAAAGUCAAUACUCUCCAAUUUGUCAGAAAUGUAUUGUUUAUUAAUAAAUAAUACCAAAUUGACUUAAUUUUACUGCCUUUCUUAUUAUCUGCAAUGUGUACAACGUAAACUUCAAUCUCUCCACGGCUCUCUACCGAUUUGUCAUGGUAAAUUUCUAG